CACAGCUCUUGUUCAUCGCAGGCUGAGACAGAACGCACAGCGUCUCUCCGCUCGCCGCGCUUUGUCGCUCACCGCGAGUUUGGAGACCGCCGUGAGCUGGUGGUGAGCGCCCGCACCUACAUCUACCAGGACGAACAUCGCUGUGACCAGCACGUGGACACCUUCCUCAAGAGCAUUGAGGCGGCAGCUGAUUCGUCUGGUGAUGGUUUUGCUGCCAUCAAAUUGACGGCUCUGGGACGCCCUCAGUUCCUGAUGCAGUUCUCCGAGGUGCUGGUCAAGUGGAAGGAUUUCUUCUACUCCAUGGCGGAGGAGCAUGGCCAAGCCACCAGCUCGGUGCUCAAGAAGCAGCUGCAGCUGCCGCAGCUGCAGGAGAGUCUGGCACGGCUGGGCAUCGCCACGCGGGACGAGUGCGGGGAGUGGUUCACUGUCAUGGACCGUGACCGCUCGGGAGCGGUGGACCUGCUGGAGUGGAGCCGUCUGAUCGACUCCCACACUCGCAUCUCCAAGCUCAUGGUCGUCCCCAACCGGCAGACGGGCCGCGUGGAGCCGCUGAUGAUGACCUUCACGGAUGAGGAGGAGCGGCAGAUGAAGAGGAUGCUGAAGAGGAUGGACAUCCUCGCCACGGCGGCUGUCCAGCGUGGUGUACGCCUCAUGGUGGAUGCUGAGCAGUCAUACUUCCAGCCGGCCAUCUCCCGCCUCACCGUGGAGAUGAUGCGCAGCUACAACGGGCAACGGCCGGCUCUCUUCAACACCUACCAGGGGUACCUCAAGGGAGCGUACGACGAGCUGAGUGUGGAUGCAGAGUGUGCCCGGAGGGAGGGGUGGUGCCUGGGAGUGAAGUUGGUGCGUGGGGCCUACAUGGAGCAGGAGCGCAAGCGGGCACAGCAGGUGGGGUAUGAGGACCCCGUGAACGGCAGCUACACAGACACCACCACCAUGUACCACCGGUGUCUGGACUUGAUACUCCGUGACGUCGCUGCCGGAGGGAGGGGAGCCAUCAUGGUGGCUUCUCAUAACGUGAGCACCGUCAAGCACACGCUGAGCAGGAUGGCUGAGCUGCAGAUCGCUCCGUCAGGAGGCCGCGUUUACUUUGGGCAGCUCCUGGGGAUGUGUGACCACAUCACCUUCGCCCUGGGUGAGGCGGGCUACCCCGUGUACAAGUACGUGCCGUACGGCCCCGUCCGCGAGGUGCUGCCCUACCUGUCGCGCCGGGCCCAGGAGAACCGCUCGGUGCUCCGGGGAGGCGGCGGAGCCUCGCUCGAGCGCUCGCUCGUGGCCCGGGAGCUGCGCCGACGGCUCCUGGCUCCCCUCCACGGCCUCCUGGGGUCGGGCCAGACCCACGGCAACGCCCAGCAUGCGCAGCAGUGAGGGGUGGCUGCUGAGGAGGAGGAGGAGGUGGAGGUGGAGGCGGUGGUG